GGUCACGGGCGAGCGCGGUCCCCGCCGACCCGGGGCCUGGGGAGGCUCCGCUUGCAGCGGUCGCCCGUGCUGAUCCCGCUCCCGGCGCCCCACCUAGGGCCGCUCUGCUCUGCCCGGUGGGUUUCGGAAGGGCUGUCUCGGGGGAGCCGUGCCGCACUCGCCCGGGGAGAGCAUGCUCAUGGAGACUUGCUUUACCGUGGCCGCGCCGGUCUUAUUGUCACGGUCCCCCAGCACCCAAACCGGGACUGCAGCCCCCGGCGUGUAUGCUGCACGGUCCGCAGCCUCGGCCGCAUCGUCCUCUCUCUGUUCUGUUCUCUCCACCUUAUUCGUGAAUCAGGCCUGGAAGAUCAUGAAACGGUGGGGCACGCCCCUUCAGAAGCUGUUGUUCAAGACAAUCUAGUUUUGUUUCCUAAACCUCGUAAGUCACUUAUGAAGUUUCUUGUUCAAAAAUUGCAGUACUGCAAUGAAGAAGAGGAGAAAGGUCACUUCAAAUCUCGAUGAGAAGAUCCAUCUGGGCUAUCACAAAGAGUCUUCAGAAGGAAAUGCUGCUGUGGAGUGUGGCCAAGUGACCUACACUCGGUCUGCAGGAAGACCAACUCCCGAAGCUCUUCAGUGUUACCAAGAACUUCCUCCCUCUCCAGAUCAGAGGAAGCUUUUGAGUUCUUUGCAGUAUAACAAGAAUUUGCUGAAGUAUUUGAAUGAUGACAGGCAGAAGCAGCCAUCUUUCUGUGAUUUACUUAUCGUCGUAGAAGGGAAAGAAUUUAGUGCGCAUAAAGUAGUGGUUGCGGUUGGUAGUAGUUAUUUCCAUGCGUGUUUGAGUAAAAACCCAAGCACCGAUGUCGUCACCCUGGAUCACGUAACACAUUCAGUUUUUCAGCAUUUGCUUGAGUUUCUUUACACGUCAGAAUUUUUUGUGUACAAAUACGAAAUACCUCUUGUUUUAGAGGCCGCAAAAUUUUUGGACAUUAUAGAUGCAGUAAAGCUGCUGAAUAAUGAAAACGUUGCAACUUUUCAGGCAGAACUAACUGAAAAGUCAUCUCCAGAAGAAACACUAAGUGAUUUAACUGGAAGACUGUCAAAUAAUCAUCAGUGCAAAUUUUGUAGCAGACAUUUCUGCUAUAAAAAGUCCUUAGAGAAUCAUUUAGCUAAAACUCACAGGUCUCUGUUAUUGGGGAAAAAACAUGGGUUAAAAAUGCUGGAGAGAAGUUUUUCUGCACGAAGGUCAAAAAGGAAUAGGAAGUGUCCUGUAAAGUUUGAGGACACUAGUGAUGAUGAACAGGAAAGUGGGGGUGGGUCAGACAGUUUGAAUCAAGAAGGUUUUGAUAAGGAGAAGUCAGAUAGGAAUGAUUCUGAGGAUCCUGGAAGUGAAUACAAUGCUGAAGAUGAUGAGCUAGAGGAGGAGAUGUCAGAUGAAGACUCUGAUACUGAGCAAAGUGAUAAAGAUAACGAUGCGGAAGAGGAACCCGAGGCUGGCGAUUCAGCAGGAAGCAUCCACGAAGGGCUAGCUCCGGUAAUCAUUCAGAACAGUAAUAAGAAAAUACUGCAGUGUCCCAAAUGUGAUAAAACUUUUGACCGAAUAGGGAAAUAUGAGAGCCACACCCGUGUGCACACAGGUGAGAAGCCUUUUGAGUGUGAUAUUUGUCACCAGCGUUAUUCGACCAAGUCUAACUUAACUGUCCACAGAAAGAAGCACAGUAAUGAAGUAGAGUUCCACAAGAAGGAGCACAAGUGCCCUUACUGUAAUAAACUCCACGCAAGCAAGAAGACCCUAGCCAAGCACGUCAAGAGAUUUCAUCCUGAAAAUGCACAAGAAUUUAUUUCCAUCAAGAAGACUAAAAGUGAAAGUUGGAAAUGUGACAUUUGUAAGAAAUCUUUUACUCGAAGACCACACUUGGAGGAACACAUGAUUCUGCAUUCACAAGAUAAACCUUUUAAGUGUACCUAUUGUGAAGAGCAUUUCAAAUCCCGAUUUGCACGGUUAAAGCAUCAGGAGAAGUUCCAUCUGGGUCCCUUUCCAUGUGAUAUAUGUGGUCGUCAGUUCAAUGACACUGGAAAUUUGAAACGCCAUAUAGAAUGUACUCAUGGUGGCAAGAGAAAAUGGACUUGCUUUAUUUGUGGAAAGUCAGUACGAGAAAGAACUACUUUGAAAGAACAUUUGAGAAUACAUAGUGGAGAAAAACCUCAUCUUUGUAGUAUCUGUGGGCAAAGUUUUCGUCAUGGAAGCUCAUACAGGCUUCACCUAAGAGUACAUCAUGAUGAUAAAAGAUAUGAGUGUGAUGAAUGUGGAAAAACAUUUAUUCGCCAUGACCACCUAACAAAGCACAAAAAAAUACAUUCAGGUGAGAAGGCUCAUCAGUGUGAAGAAUGUGGAAAGUGUUUUGGUCGGAGGGAUCAUCUCACUGUUCAUUACAAGAGUGUGCAUCUGGGAGAGAAGGUGUGGCAAAAAUAUAAAGCAACAUUUCAUCAAUGUGAUGUUUGUAAGAAGAUUUUCAAAGGAAAAUCAAGUCUGGAAAUGCAUUUUCGGACACAUUCAGGUGAAAAACCAUACAAGUGUCAAAUUUGCAAUCAGUCUUUUAGAAUUAAGAAAACUUUAACAAAACACCUGGUUAUUCACUCUGAUGCCCGACCUUUCAAUUGUCAACACUGCAAUGCAACAUUUAAGCGGAAGGACAAGCUGAAAUACCACAUUGACCAUGUUCAUGGGAUAAAAUCUCCUGAUGAUUCUCUCAGUACUUCUGAGGAAAAACUCGUCUCUUUGCCAACAAUAGAGUACUCAUCUGAGGAUAAGAUCUUUCAAGCAGAGACAAAACAAUAUCUGGACCAGCCCAAAGUUUAUCAGCCAGAAGCCAAGACUAUGCUACAGAAUGUGUCUGCAGAAGUAUGUGUUCCAGUAACAUUGGUUCCAGUUCAAAUGCCUGACACAUCCAGUGAUCUGGUGCCUCAUACCACCACACUUCCCCCAUCAUCCCAUGAGAUUCUGCCACCACAGCCGCAGCCAACUGAUUAUCCACGGGCAGCAGAUUUAGCUUUUCUGGAAAAAUACACUCUUACUCCUCAGCCUGCAAAUAUAGUUCACCCAGUCCGACCUGAACAGAUGCUAGAUCCUAGAGAACCGUCUUAUCUUGGAACAUUAUUGGGCCUUGAUAGCACAACUGCUGUCCAGAAUAUGUCCAGUAGUGAGCAUCGCUCAUGAGUAAACAUUCCAUAGACCUUGAUGCUUGUAUGCUGACAGCCAGAAACUACUGGCUUUUCAAUUAGUAGGGCUGCUAUUUUUUUUUUCAUUUUUUUUUUCUAGUUUCUCAAGUCUUCAGAACAGCUUCAAAUCAAGAAAAGUUUAUUUCUAUUGACUGAAUACUUGGACACAUUUUGUCAUAAUAUUUGAAGUAUGAUUUUUUAAAAGAUUAUUUAGUACUAAUUUUGAAUGGAUUUUUAAAUUUCAGAUUAUUAGCUGCUGAAAAUGGUGGAGGUAUUUUUUAAAUCAUCAAUGGAAUUUUUCUAUUCCUUUACCUUUUUUUUUUUUUUUUUUUUGAGACAGGGUCUUCGACUGUAGCCCAGGGUGGCCUCAAUUUGUGGCAAUCUUUCUGCCUUAGCCAACCAGGUGUGAGCCCCAAGCCAAAGUUUACUUUUAGUCAGCUCUUUUCUCCCUUCCCCAUAUUGCUAUGAAGUUUGAAGGACCAUGUCGCCUAUAGGAAGGAGUGUAAGCAUGUCCAAAAUUGCAAACUUUUAAUACUAAUUAAAUACCAUUAUUUCAUUCAGAUUUUCAAAGUUGAGAUUUGAAAUUUCUUACAUGUUCAUGUAAGAAAAUCUUGGUAUUUCUAUCUUGUCAUCUAUUCAUUAUUUUUGUCAUUAUAUUUGGGGUUUUCACAAGCUGAAAGCUAAAAGCUAACAAAUAUAAGAUUAGGAUGCUAAAUAAAAGGUAAGAUAAUUAUUUUAAUCCAGAUAAUUGGACCUGCACUCAACUAUGAUGAAUAAUAAAUACAAAUAGAUCUAGGCAUUAGAUUACCUAAUUGAAUAUAUAAUAAUGAAAAAUAUGACAGUUUUACCUAGAUACCAUCAAGACACAUGCAUGUCUUGUAUUUGGUCAUUUAUUCCACAUUCACAGUAUGUUUCAGCAUCUAGAUGAGUAUAGAAGGGACAGAUGUAACUAAAUUGAUGACGGUUUAAUUAAAUAAUGUAUUUAGUGUCAUUUACAAAAUUUGGCUGACUGAAAUAGGGAAAUGGAACCUAGAUGUUUUAUAUAUAAUGUCAGAAAAGGUGCCAAACCCAUUCUCAAAUUUGCCCCAAAUUUAACAUAAUUAGUUUUUCAGCUGAAUGCACUACUAUCUGUAUACAGAUUUACACUCAAGCCAGAACUUUAAUUUUGCUUCCUUAUGAGAUCUGUUUCUAAUCUUCAGUCUUGUUUUUAGAUGAGACAAUAAUUGAAAGCUUGGUGAAAGGAAAUAGCAAUCACAGGAACACCUCACUGGUGAAAUUUAAGUGAAGAAAAAGCCUGCCAAAAUUAGAAAAAUACCUUUAAAGAUGUGCACUUUGCAUUUUUUUUCUCUUUUAACUCAAUUUCUACUUAACCUAGGAUGAGGUUUUCCUGGUGGGGUUGCUUGAGGGUUAGACUAGGCAGAGUUGACUUACUGUUAACAUGCAGUUUGUAUGUAAACUACUGGAAAAUUAGCAGUUUUUAAAAUUUUCUAUUUCAAUUUGUUUACACUCCUAAUUGCUUUUAGCACUUUUUUGUGUGUAAACUGUAAAGUCUUGCCUAGCCCUUGUGGGUUUUGAAAACAUAUCACAAAUAAAAUAAUGAACUUUUAGUGAAUAAAACUUAAUCAAUAAUGAGGAAAAUGUUUAAGCACUUAAGAAAUGAAGGUACUUUAUAGGAACAGUUGCCAUAGUGAUGUUCAAACAAAGAGCAUGUUGCAAAUUGAGGCAUUAACCAAAGUAGCUGAUAUAAAUAAUAAAGGUAACCUGAGUUUUGCCUCACUUAUGGAAGUUUGGUUGUAAUUGUCUUUGAACCAGUUGACUUAAUUUCAUAUUAUUUCUUAUUGUUAAAGCAUUCUUAUUUACUUCGUGUGGAAAUGUUCUAUGGGAACUAAUGAUGGAGCUGGACUCUGAGGCACUGAGUCCUAGACUUUCAAAUCAAGUAUCAACACGGAUUUAUGAUUUUUAUCCUAAAGGCAGAUAAGAUUUUAACUAAAUAUCCUAUUGAAAUUAAAACAUCAUACCUAUAAAUAUAGUUUGCCUUAGAGAUAAGCUACUGCAGAAAAAUUCGGGUUUAUCAAAAAAGGCAAAUGCCCUAUAUGUGUGUUAUGUGCAUGAUAUAUUGUGUAUUUUGGCAGAAAAGGAGGAUACAACAUUUCCACAGUGAAAAUAAUACCUGGGGUUUUGAAAGUAUUUAAGAUUCUUUUAAUAAUGAUGUUCUAAUACUUUAAAUAUAUGAUUUAAUUUAGGAAUUGGUUUACUUAGGACUUUUCAAGAAUAUAGCUCUUAUGUAAAGUGAAAUACAGUUGUAUAAUUGUACUUAGUUGUUACUGUAGAUAAGCUGGAAUACUGUAUUAUUGAAAACAUUUUUACAUGUUAUCUCAUUUGAACCUUGUAAGCAGUUCUGAACUAGAAAGGGAAUGAUGUAUGUCCGUGUUAUAGAGAAAGUACUAAUUGAACUCUGGUGGCAGACUGCAAUUCACAGAAGAAGAAGAUGUAGCAUUAAUGAAUGCAUACUAUGUGCCAGGCACUACAUUCUUUUGUUCCUAAUGCAGUCUAGAAGUAGUCAAUAUAAUGCUUAGAAGAAAUAAGUAAAACCACAAUAGUGGGAAAAUUACUUUGCUUCCUCUAGUUUCCAAAAAUGUAAGAACAUGGAUUUGGAUGAACUGAAUGUAUAUUAGCUCUCAAAGUAGGCACGAAAAUUAUAAAAUGAGCCCCACUCUUCUUAGUUCACCUUUCUAUGACUCUAAAAUCAUUAUUUUGUAACUAAGCUUAAAAUUUUGAAUCUCACAACUAAGUUUAGCCUCAUUGUGAAUAUUUUAUUUUGUGAGUAUAAUUUAUUGUUUUAAAUUAAUUUUUGAUAGAUAACAGUUAGCACUUAAUCUGUAAAUUGAAUAAGUUAUUGAGUACAGAAAUUUAUUAACUUACUAUCGCCGACUUAAUGCACCAAAGAUUUUGAGUAGGUAUUGGGUAGUUUAAAAGAAUUUAAAUUCUUUGUUGUUUGACUAUAUCUUUGUCCAAAGAAGCACAGUUGAAGUCCUUGGAUAAUAGAUUUAAAAACAAUUGUUAGUUUGAAUACUGAGAUUAAGUAUUAAAUGUUUGUGUUUAUGUGUAUAAAAUAAGUAGGGAAACUACUCUGGGAACAGUCACACUGACCAGCCAGUUACAAGUUAGAAUACUCAUUUCUCUCAGUUUAGUUGGAUGCAGUUUUUUAAUGAACACUAUUGAAUAAUAAGCUUAUAUUUUACACUACAUUACAAAAAUAAUUUCUGCCUUAGAUUUUUUUUUUUCUCCAGAUCAAGAUGAAGUUAUUUUUAUAAGAAACUCUUUGGUUUUGGCAGCCUAAAAUACCACUUAACCAUAGGGUUUGUUCCUUAGGCCAGCAAGACACCUUCAAGCAACUACAAAAGUAGUACAGUUUGCAGACUUUUAAUUUAGACCUUUACUGCUGGGGAAAAGAGGAAUAUAACUAGCAUUUUCAACUGGUGCUUUAAUAAAGUGACUGCCUUUUAAGUGAUGGUAGCAUAAAAGAAGUGUACUAAUUUCUCUCAACCUUAAAAAGUGUCAAAAACACCUUUGUGGAGUGACUAUAAAGUGUUAAGGGCUAAUAAAUACCAUCCAUUGUUUUCACUCAAUCACAUCCUAAUUCAACACAAUUAACCUGGUAUGUUUAUGAACUUGAAUGUUGUUCUUACCAUAUCACUCUAAUUUAUUAUUGACAGAAGAGGUUUGGAGCAUUAGUUCUUUAAGAGUGUUCUUUUAGACCGUCUUUUCUGGAUUGAGUACUUCGUACUUUUUCAGAGAUUUGUAGUUUUGUAGUGUUGUUUUGGCUCCCUAGAGUGUACUGGUAAAUAAAUGGCUUGUUUGUUUUGUUUUAUUUUUUGGUUCUGAGUCUUAUGUUUGUGUUGCCUGCUGGCUGGGCAGCCUUUUACAUAGUUUUAUGUUAACUUAGAAAAUUGGCAUUAAGUGACAGUGUGAACAUUGGUUUUUAUGAUUUACAUGUCAUUUUUUUAAAGUUUCUACUGUGGCCUUAAUGGUUACUGGAGUCACUCCUCAGCCUGUCUACAUGCUUAGAACAAUCUAACAGCAGGAAUAGUACCUCUGCCCCUCAUGUCACCCUCUAUCUCUGAUUGCUCUCUUAAGUAACUUGUUGUCAUGAGCACACAGCUCUGCACUGAAGACUUAGUUCACUUUCCCUGAACUGAACAUGAUUGAUGGUGUGAGAAGAGCUGCUCUUAGGGAGCAGCAGCAUCCCAGUCUACGCAGAACUUGAGUUGAUGACUCAGAAAAAAGCACGACCUUUCAACAGAGUCAUGUUUGGACAUUUUAAGAUUUAGUGCCAAAUUGAAAAAGACUGAAAAUGAAUUAUUUAAUAAGGAGUAAGUAGUGUUUCUAAAUCUUUAAGUGGAAUUACGUUAAAUGUUACCUAUUAGCGUGAAUAAUGGAUGAGAAUAAUUUUCUACACAGCAUAUAGGAACUAGACAGUUCUACAUAUUCCACUCAUUUCUUUUGCACAUUUCUCUUUUAAGUUUUCUGCAAGUGUUCCUUUUUUGGGUAUCCUCCCAUAUUUAUACAAUUUUUACUUACGAUACUUCCGCUGUGGUAUCAGCAUGCUUUCUGCGCUUCCUCUUUGGAAGUAGAUCACUAUGAUAAAAGCAAUAGGAUUAGAUAGUGUGGAAGAUGAGAGGAGGGAUGAUUUUGUAGAGAAGGUGUGUUUAUGUUUUAACUUGCUGUAUAUUGAUCUUGAGUCUGUCCUUUGAAAGAUCCCCAAACCAGUUAGUCUCUGCAGCCAUUUAUUUAGAGAGAAUUUAAGGAUGUUAUUUGGAGAAUAGAUGUUAUUCAAAGAUGAAAACCUUUAUAAAAGCAUUUCAGAUUCUUAAGUAAAGCCAAGUAAUUUCAAUGCUUGUGUUCCUGCUGGAGAUUUUGAAAUGUCUGGCAUGAAGAGCAUGUGCACAUCUCACUGUCACCAUGCCUCUCUGUUUGAUGUUCCUGCUUGCAUAAAAUGAAUAAUGUACUGUGGUGUAAUUAUAGAAAGUCCUUUAUUCAACAAUCAGACUUUUCUCCUUGUAAGUAAAACUGUAUUACAGUUGAUGAGAGUGAUUGCCAAAACAUUACACAAGCUGGGUGUUUAGUUGCUCUAUGUUGUGUCAAAACUGUUCUGUUUAAGGGAGGGAUGAUGCAUAUUAAAAUGAAAAUGCUUUUGUUUUCUGUUUCAAAUCAUAACUUUUGUUUUUAAUUAAGGACAUUUAAAAGUAAUUACAAAGGAUAAUCUAAAAUAUCAGAAUUCAUUAUUUUCCAUUGUAUGUUAAAUGUCGAGUUUAGUAGAUAUUUUGUUUGUCUUGUGUUUCUUAAGUGUGAAUGUCUUUAGAGCAGAAAUUCAGUUCUUUGUGAGUAGUAGGCGUCAUCUUGCAUAUUGAAUUUGUUCUUUGUGUUAUUUUGAUAUUUUAAAUAAACAGAGUUCUUUGGUCCUAGUAAAGCAUA